GAUUUGUGACGUCUGGCUUAACUGUCCGGAAGACGUAAAGCUAAAUGUCUACGGUGCUGCGGGACUUUUAAACAGUAAUCUUGGACUGUGAGCUGUGUAAAGAAAAUUAGGACUACUGGGUGGCAUGCCACUGGUAUCUUAUUAUUAGAUGAUCUGAUUUACCAACCAACCUGCCGUUUACAUAGUUAUUUGCCCCUUACUGGCCCAGAACCAGCAAGGUUAAGAAAACCGCAGUACUAACAGUGACAGGUAGUUUAUCAGGUGAAGGAGUUUGAUCUGAACACUCUCCGCUUCUCCACCAGGAAAAUUGGUUGUGAAGAUAAAAAACUGGCUGUCCUUUUCAUCUCAGUGCAGUCAAACUCCAUCAGAACAGAGAAUACACAUCCAGCAAACAAGCGUACUUGCCUCUGAUUGGCUCCUGCUGGUCACAGAGGAUUGCAGUAGGAGACUAAUCGCGUUACAGCAGAAACGAAGCGAGGGGCUGGCUGAGGCUGCCUGUGGCAGCAGAGGAAACCGAAUUGAUUAUGUCAACAACAGACCAAACAACAGUGCGCACUGUGGCAUCAUCUACCACCACAAAUGAAAUUCGUAGACAGUCCAGUAGUUAUGAUGAUCCCUGGAAGAUUACUGAUGAACAAAGACAGUAUUACAUUAAUCAGUUCAAAAACAUUCAGCCAGACCUUAAUGGCUUUAUUCCAGGAUCUUCUGCAAAAGAAUUUUUUACUAAAUCCAAGCUUCCAAUUCCAGAAUUGUCACACAUAUGGGAGUUGUCAGAUUUUGAUAAGGAUGGGGCCCUGACGUUGGAUGAAUUUUGUGCAGCUUUUCACCUGGUGGUAGCAAGGAAAAAUGGUUAUGACUUACCUGAAAAACUACCUGAAAGUUUAAUGCCCAAACUCAUUGAUCUAGAUGAUGGUACAGCUGGGGAUCAAACUACUGAUGUAGGGUUUACAAGUUCACCAGCAGAAGCUCCUCCUAGCAAAUCGCCUUCAAUGCCAUCCUUGAACCAGACAUGGCCUGAGAUGAACCAGAGCAGUGAGCAGUGGGAGACAUUUAGCGAACGCUCUUCAAGCUCACAAACUCUGACCCAAUUUGAUUCUAACAUUGCACCAGCUGAUCCUGAUACUGCUAUAGUACAUCCUGUUCCUAUACGCAUGACUCCAAGCAAGAUUCACAUGCAAGAAAUGGAGCUUAAAAGAACUGCAAGUGAUCCUGCUAAUUCCAAGAGCCCUUUGCACAUGAAACCACAAGAGCUCUCUGAAGAAAGUACCUUGAAUUCUUCUGUGAAGUUUAUCUCUGGAAAUUCUGUUGCUGAUGGCUACAACAGUUCUGAUUCUUUCAACUCUGAACCAGAGGAAAUUGAAAAUGUGGCUACCAGACAGCGGUCCCAUUCAAGUACUUCACCUGACAACACAGCACCACCACCACCUCCACCAAGGCCUCAUGCCUCCCAUUCACGCUCUUCUUCUUUAGACAUGAAUAGAACAUUUGCUGUUACCACAGCAGGACAGCAACAAGCAACCACAGUUGUACAACCUCCUGCUGUACCUCCAAGGCCACUACCCACACAGACAUCAGGUUCUCAUAUGCACCGUUCUGUGGAAUCAGAAGGUGUUAUGUCUCAUCCUAGCACUUCACCUCAGCAAAUGCCAGAACAGCCCAACUUUGCAGAUUUCAGUCAGUUUGAAGCCUUUUCUUGUGUAACUGAACAAUCAUCUGAUGACUCUGAGAAGCAUACAGAAGUAGCAUCGGUUGAAAAAUCAUCCUCAGAUUCAGUACGAGCUUCCAAGUUAAAUGGGCUUGUAGAAGAGAAGUCAGUGACUGCAGUCUCUGUCAAUUCAGGCAAAAUUGGCACACCUCUUGCUCCACCCCCCAAGCCAGUAAGAAGACGAUUGAAGUCUGAAGAUGAACUCCGGUCUGAAGCAGAAGAACAUAAUCAGAAAACAAGCACUGCACCUACUGCUAUUGCCCCUCAGCCUUCGAUUCCUCGGUCUGCUGGAAAAGAUAAGAAAGCCAUUCAGGCUUCAAUUAGACGCAAUAAAGAAACAAAUACUGUUCUUGCCAGGCUAAAUAGUGAGCUGCAGCAACAGUUAAAGGAUGUUCUUGAAGAGAGAAUUUCCUUAGAAGUUCAACUGGAGCAACUUCGACCUUUUUCUCAUCUUUAAACCAACUGCCUUUAACUGCUAAUGCUGGCCUACUCUUAAAAAUGACGCACAGAUUCAAUGCUAAUAAUCCAUUUAGCAUUAUGAUGACAUGACUCCAUUUUGUUUGGUAUUGGUGUACUGCCCCAUCUUACAUCUCUCCUGGAAUUCUGUAAAUAUUGUUUUUGGAAACAUAUCUGCUAAUUUCUAAGGAAUAUGCCCUUCCAAACUUAAAAAAAACAGAGUUUUUAAUAUCUGCCUCUGGACAAUAAAAAUUGCUAAAUGAUUUUUUCUUGUGGACCUAAUAAUGUCGAAGUCAAGAGAAGCAAUUGCAAUUGGUCUUCAUUUUUUAUUUUGUAUGGAUGUUGAAUUAUUUAGCUUUUUGUUCAGCACUGUUGUAAAUGCCCAGGUUGUAAAUGCAUUGGCUUUCUGAUCUAGGGUCCAGUUAACUCUAUCAUUCAAGCAAUGGUUUGAAUAAGAGACUGGAAGAUGAAUAGGAAACAGCUUGUUUAGAAAAUCAAAUAAGUAACAAUAAAAUUUGAGCCACAGAGCAAUAGUUUUUGAUUUCCCCCACACACACAUUUGGAAAAAGAAAACAAAAUAGGAAGGCAGAUAAUUCCAGAUCUUUUACUAAUGAAUAACAAUUAAAACACUGAUAUAUAACAUGACAAAAAUUAACUUUAAGGGGUAGUUCACAAUUAAAUUAACUGGUAUGAUGCAGUGAUGUUCUGGGAUAAUUGUUGUGAUUUUUUUUAAUUAUUUAGCUUUUUUGUUCAGAAGCUCUCUAGUUUGGAAUUUUCGGCUGCUUUCUGGCUGCUAUGGUUCCGUUUACUCUAGCAACCACUUUCAGUGAGAGACUGGAAAAUGAAUAUAAGAGGGCCUGAACAGAAACAUAAAGGAAUACAAAUUAACAACAAUAAUAAACUUUUAGCCUUACAGAGCAGUAAUAAUUUAAAAGAUAAAUAAUAGAUUAUUAUAGAUAUUUAAAUAUAACUGAAAAGCUAUAAAAAUGAAGACCAGUUUGAAAAGUUUAUAACUGGCCAUUCUAUUAUAUACAAGAAGUUAACCUGAAGGUGAACUACCCCUUUAAAUGUGAACUACCUAUUUAAAUUCUAUUUAAAAUUGGUGUUUCAUAUCAGCGUUUGCUAUUUAGGUGCUCCACAAAUUCAUUCAUGCCCAAAUUCAUGAGUGGCACGGGCCUAAACUAACUUCACAGAAAAUCUAACUCCCAGGAGAGUAGGCUUUUUUUGGGAGAUGUCUGAGUUCUGUCUUACUCCUUUUAUACAUAGACAGGCUUUAACAAUAGGCAAGACCACCUGCUGCUGUAACAGGGUUUUGUUUAAUAUUUGUUUGAUACACACUAUUUGAUUUUUUAUGUAAAUUUGCAUUUAAUGCUGACUAACAGCAAUUAUUGUAUUUAAAAGCUUAUUCUGGCUGUGGGAAACAUAGAUGUUAAUGUGCAUGGAUGUAUCUCAGCAGAAUCAGAACUAGCAAAUGUGUAAUUUUUACACCAAUAAAACAGCACAAUAUUUUA